AUGGCCCAUAGAUUUUAUGAUCAAGGCUAUCGUAAAUAUGAUGUUGAUAUGACCAGCAAGAAGGUCUAUGAAGUUCCUGGUUGUAUAACCCGUUUAAGACAAUGUUGUCUGUCUGUUAUGGUCCACGCUUAUCUGAGGUACUGGCUGCCAGUGGCUGUGAUGUUAGGUGCAGCACCUGUUUGUCUACUGUCCUGGUUUAUCUGGCAGGUUAUUUCGACUCUUCUUCCAGCUCAUUUUUAUUAUCGUUUGGAAGAUCAUUUAUACAUAAUCUACCAGAGCAUGGUCCUAUUUUUCUUUGAGAACUAUACAGGAGUGGAGGUGAUCAUUUAUGGAGAAUUGCCAAGAAAGAAAGAAAGCGUGAUAUAUUUGUCAAACCAUCAAUGCACAGUUGAUUGGAUUAUUGCAGACAUGCUUGCAAUCAGGCAGAAUGCUCUUGGACAUGGGUGUUACGUUUUGAAAGAUGGCCUGAAAUGGCUUCCUCUCUACGGAUGGUAUUUUUCCCAGCAUGGAGGAAUUUAUGUAAAACAAAUUGCCAAGUUUAAUGAAGAAGCCAUGAGAAACAAACUUAUCACCCAGUCCCAGAGCAAAAAUGGGGCUCCAAUGUACCUUGUGAUUUUUCCAGAAGGAACCCGUUACAAUCCUAAACGACCCCAUAUUGAAAUUGAAGCAAGUCAAGCAUUUGCAAAGAAAGAAGGUCUUGCAGUUUUACAGCAUGUAUUAACACCUCGUGUAAAGGCAACUCAUGUUGCCAUUGACUCAAUGAAGGAUCAUAUAGAUGCUAUAUAUGAUGUAACAGUAGCAUAUGAAGGAACAGUAGACAACAGAGGACAGAGAAAAUUAGCACCAUCCAUGCCAGAAUUUUUAUGUAACGAGUGCCCAAAAGUGCAUAUUUACUUUGAGCGUGUUGAUUUAAAGGAUAUUCCAAAAGAGCAGAUGUUUUUAAGACGGUGGCUGCAUGAAUGCUUUGAAAUCAAAGAUAAGUUGUUAACUGAGUUCUACAGUGCAGAAGAUAAGAACAAAAGAAACAGAUUUCCCGGGGAAGGCCAUGUAUCCAAACUGAGUUUCAGGAAGACUUUACCAUCUGUGCUUAUUUUAGGUGGUUUGACUCUGUCAAUGUUACUUACAGAAACAGGAAGAAAACUUUAUGUAAUUGUAAAUACAUGUAUUUUUGGGACUUUAAUAGGGUGUUUGUGGGUCAAUAUUCAACCAUAAGAAAACAUGUUUUCUGAUCCCAUUCCUAAUCAGUCAGAUACACUAGUCCGUCUUCGAACAGCUGCACAUAACACCAACUAGAACUUGAUGAAGCUGUCUGAACUGUUUGGACAAGAACUACCACCUUUUACAUUUUUACCAAGGAUACAGCAUAGCAGAGAAAGAAAAAGAAACAAAAUUCUAAAAGGGUGUUUCUUUGCAGUGGACAUUG